GAUUUCUUAUCUUCAGAAUUGUCUAUGGAAUGUAGUUCUCCAGAAUCAAACACUGUUCCACAAGUGUGGCCAAAUGAUGAUACAGAGGAAGAUGUAGACCUUCCUGUCAUUGAACUCAAGAAAGAACCAGUCUCCUUUGAGCGUGGGGCGUUUGUCUGGUGUAAAUUUAAGCGAUACCCCUACUGGCCGUCUUUGGUAAAAUUAGUGCGAAACAAAGAAAAGCGUGCCUCAAUAAUAUUUGUGGAGGAGUGCCUUUCUGAUCCUAAAUCUCAGAAGCAAAGGUAAAUAAAGAUGCCUUGUGAAAACUCUAAUGUAAGACAAAGAUGGCCAUUUCUUUAAUCAGCUAA